CGGGCACCAUCGCAGCGCCGCCUCUGCUGUCGCCAGCGCAUAACCGGAUCCUGCAGAGCCAGCCCAGUUGCCGCCGAGGGUCUCUGGACGCGCCAUGGCCGGGUAGCGGGAGCCGGUGGGGGCGGCCAGAAUGCUGCGGGCGCCGGCUGUGGCGAUGCGCUUCGCCAUCCUCUUGCCGCUGCUCGUCGGCCCCGGCUGGUCGGCUCUGGGCAAGGCGCAGCCGGGGGAGCCUCCCAGCCCGCAGGAGGUGGUGAUCAAAGUCCAAGUGUAUGAAAAUGGCGAUUUAUCCCCACUUUCCCAGGCAGCUGUGGAAGUGUAUGGCAACCAAACAUCUUUGGCUUCAGGCACCACUGAUCAUGAGGGUAUCAGUAUGCUCCCCAUCAGCUAUCGCUUGGGCACCUGGGUCCUUGUCAUGGCCUCCAAGCGUGGCUUUGUUACAAACUCUGUUCCUUGGCGUGUCAACAAACUACCACUCUAUGCUUCUGUAAGUCUCUAUCUGCUUCCAGAGCGUCCUGCAACACUUAUCCUUUAUGAUGACUUGAUACAAAUCCUUCUUGGUUCUCCAGGAGCUAAGAGCCAGCCAUGGGCACAGUUCCAGCGCAAAUCUGCCCGUCUGUCCCGCAGUUCCACCUACAGCCAGCUUUCAGCCACCUUGACCGCCGCCAGUGGUGGGCCAGACAUGAGAGGGUUCCCGUCCUUCAUUGGGGCUGAAAGUAAUGGCAGCGCUAGUAAUACGUGGUUGGAGCUGGUGCCUAUUGUUGCAGUCAGCGUUCACCUCUUCACUGGAAAUGGCACAGAAGUCCAGCUUUCUGGUUCUGUCCACCUCUCCAUCCCGCUGCCACCUGGCACAGCUGCUGCGGCAAGUACCAGUGUGCCAGCCUGGCGCUUUGACCUCAAGAGUGGGCUGUGGAUCCGGAAUGGAACCGGACUCAUCCGCAAGGAGGGGAAUCAGCUUUACUGGACAUUUGUCUCUCCACAGCUGGGCUAUUGGGCAGCUGCCAUGCUGUCUCCUGCAUCAGGGCUGGCAACUUCAACCGCAGGAAUUAAAGAUAUUGCCACCUACCAUACUAUCUUUCUACUUACUAUCUUGGGUGCCCUGGCAUUGCUGGUCCUCAUUUUGCUCUGCCUGCUUAUCUACUACUGCAGGAGACUAUGUCUGAAGCCACGUCAACAACAUAGAAAGCUUCAGCUUUCUGGUGCUCUGGAUGCAUCCAAGAAAGAUCAGGCUACAUCAAUGUCCCAAAUUAAUCUUAUUUGCACAAGCCAUAUGGAGACAGCCUCAUCCAAUGGGGACAUAGAUGUACAUACACCCAUCCUCAAAUCAGCCUUCUCCUCCUCCAGGGAGUUUGAGAGCUCCCGUGAGGAAUUCUUCAAGCAAGUGCCAAACCAGAAGAUUCGUCAUGCCAGCAAGGCCUCCACAGCAGACACACUGAGCCAGCGAUGUGGUCCCAAGGACGACUAUCCUCGAGUGGUGGAGGGCUAUUCACUGAAGGCAGCCCGGUCCAUGGAUGCCUCUGGCACACUUGAACCCCCUCUCCUGGAAGAUUACAAGCGUAACUAUUCACAUCAGCGGAUGGAAGACAAGAGUAAUGAGACACAGCGCAAACAAGCACGCAAUGAUAGCAAGGCUUAUUUACAGGAGCCCCCAUCACCACCACCUCUUCCAGCUCCUUUUGACCAUUAUAUGGCCCAUAAAGGGGAUGCCAAACCCCCUGAUUUCAUGAUGUCACAGUCUGUAGACCACCUGGCCCGUCCUACUUCCCUGAGUCAACCUGGACAGCUAAUCUUCUGUGGUUCUAUUGACCAUAUGAAAGAUACAGUGUACCGAAAUGUCAUGCCAACCCUCGUAAUUCCUGCCCACUAUAUGCGCCUGGCUCCAACAGAGCAGACUACUGGGGGCUCUGAAAAUCAACCAGAUAUGGACCCAACUGCUAUGGGACUCCCUCACCAGUUUGGUCCCCAGGAACAACAGAGGCAGCAGCAGCUUCUCCAGCAGCAGCUGCAACAUUCACAGUUCCAACUACAGCAACACCAAGUGGAAGACCCUGAGGGGAAGGGUUGGGGACCCCACACACAAUCUGUCAGUGGUUCAGUCACCAUACCAGUGUUGUUGAAUGAAUCCACUAUGGCCCAAUUGAAUGGGGAGCUACAGGCACUGACUGAGAAGAAGUUGCUGGAACUGGGUGUGAAGCCACAUCCACGAGCCUGGUUUGUAUCUCUGGAUGGGCGCUCCUCUCAAGUCCGUCAUUCUUACAUCGAUCUCCAGGGCACUGAGAGGAACCGCAGCAAUGAUGCCAGCAUGGACUCAGGUGUGGACGUCAAUGAAGCCAAGCCCCCCAAGCGCCUGAAGGAGGAGCGCAUGGCUCCUGCCAUGGGUCCAACGUACUCUAAGCUGGUCUUUGCUGAUGCUGACACCGAGCAAAGCAGCAGUGAGAGCCGCACCGCCAUUUGUUCUCCUGAGGACAACUCACUGACCCCCCUGCUGGAUGAAAACACCGACCACCGGGCCGCUACAAUUCCUCGGCAUGGGCGCAGCCGUGGCAACAGCUCUCGCAGCAGCAACAGCAACAGCGAACUGCGCCGUGACUCAAUGACCAGCCCGGAAGAUGACAGCAAUGAACCUUCUGAAGGAACUGAUGACCAGGGGGACAAGAAGAGUCCCUGGCAGAAGCGUGAGGAACGGCCUCUCAUGGUUUUCAAUGUGAAGUAGCCAGCAGGAGGAAGACAGUUCACCCUCAUUGCACACUUUGGGUAGGGGAAGAGGGGCACCAGAACCACGGGGAUCAGUAUUUGCCUUUGAGCCUGGUCCGGCUUCCUUUUCCCUCCAUCUCAUCGAGUGCUCGGCUGAACUGAAGCCCGUAUUUUUGGACAGAAGAGAUGAAUGAACGGAGCAAGGAGCAGAGUGCAGCCAAGCUGCACUAAUGUUUUUCCCAGCCACUCAAGAUGCUGUCUUGCUCAAGGCAGGUUAAGAAGUGCCACAGCAAACUACCUAAGAAAAUUUGGCCUCUUCCUGUUUCCACCAACCACUGUGAGCCAGGCAACCCAGGGCACAGGAAUUACAAAGGAUGUGAUGGCGGCAAAGGAAGUUUCAUUGUUCUCUUGUCAAUCUGUGGAGAGGAUACAGCUUGUCCUGUCUGGUUCCAGUUCCUAGAAUCCCUUGCUCUCCAUCCAGUUUGGUAUGACCAGAACUAGUGCUGGCCCCUUGCCCUGACACACUGGGAACAGAGGUGCAGUGGAAAGGCAUGACUUAGCUCUAUGACCCUCUUGCCCUCAGGGCUUUGUACAGUUCUUUUUUUAAAUUAAGUCCUGUGGAUUUUCCAAGCCAGAGUCUUGGAAGGGCGGGUGCCCAGGGCUCUAGGACGAUGCCCAUCUGUGUCUGUCAUCCUUCUAUGAUCCAACAACUUGGAUUAGAGUACAGGGCCCAGACAAGGGGGUGGGUUUGGGAAAAUUUGGGCAUUAGUGUGAGUAAUAUACAUAUGUGUGUGCAUGCGUGUACGUCAGUGGUGGGUGGGAGUCUGAGCCGUGUGUGUGUGUGUGGGUAGAUGUGUCAGUUGUGUCUGACCUCGCUGCCAAAUGAACUCCUUAAUGGAGUCAUCUCUGUGCCCCCCCUUUUUCCCCUUGUGCCUGCAACUCCUCCGUUUCCUCUAAGUGCCUUCUGGCCCCAGUGUCCCCCUUCCUCCCCCCAGCCAGGCAGCUGUGAAUGAAACCUUGAUAUCCAUAGAAGCGUACAGGCAUACCAUCUGCUCAUAGCUGCUCAGAUCUUCCUUUCUGUAUAAUCCCCUUUUUUCCUGUAGUGAGUGCUUGGCAGGGGGAUCAAGAAGGGGGAUUGCUGAAGGAAAAACCAACUGGCACAUCCCUGCUUGUAAGCGCAGUGGCCAACUUGCUAAGCCAUCAGCAAAGACUUAGGGAACUGAGCCAACCAGCAACACAGUUGUGGUGAUUGGGAUCCUGAAGAGCAGCAGGACCAUAUUCAGGUCUUACAAAAGUGACAGAAUGCACGAUGAGCAGUCCCAAGUAAGGCAUUUGUAGAGGUCUUGGAGGCCAUUGGGGCACACGAUGAUUUCAUCGGAAGAAGGGAAUGGGGAACCACUAGUCAGCCCCACGCUGAGGCUUUUGUCAGCCAAAUUGGAAGACAAUGAAUGGGGAUGGGCGCAUUGGUGGCUGCAUAUAAGAAAGUGGAACCUAAGAGCUUUUUAGCUUUUUGCUUUUAUGUUUAAGGACAGCUGGGCUUUUAUUAAUCCCAGUUAGGCCCAAAUCCUUUUCUAACAGCAGAAGGCAGCAAAGACUGAAUAGGUCAGAAAUAAUUUGGGGAAAUAUUUUGUUUCAGACUCACCUUCAUACCAACUGAAGACCUUAAAAUAAAGGUGGGCAUUCUUUUUUCUCUUGAGGGCAACAUUCUUUAGAGAUAAACUGGGAGGCAAUAUGCUGGUGACGGCCAGGCCAGAGCUGAAAGCAGGUAGCGCUUUUCUCCCAUCCUUUUCUCUCUCUCAAACACACACCCAUCAUCCCCAGCUCUGCAAGCUGCUAGGGCUGUGUUUCUUACCCUUGGCAACUUUAAGAAGUUGCCUUCUUAAAGUUGCCAAGGUUGAGAAACACUGUGCUAGAGAAAGGACAAAUUGCUCAUUACUGUAGAGGUCUAAGCUGAUUACCUAGAGCAGAUUUUCUCCUACUAUUUUAGUUACUUGAUCUAUUUGUUAUUUCCUGGUUUUCUUCUUCUAUUCUGGUCCUCCUGUUGUAAUUUUUGCUCCCCCCUCGGAUGCCCUUCACUACAUGAAAUUAGGCCAAGGAGUGUCAUUUUCCCACCCUGCUUUGAGACUAUCUUUUCCGAAGGGUACUCCUCUCUUGGCCAAGAUCUGCAUAUUCUGACUUAAAAAUAGGUCCCUAUUCAUCUCAGCUUCAUUUGAGAUUAUCAGAAUAGACAUAAGUCUUACACAGUCUGAGAGAAGAACUUUCCAUAUGCUCAGAAACAUUUGUCUUUAUUUGCUUGCUCCAGGGUUGAGCCUUAAUAAUGAAAACAGGUUCUGGGGCUGAGCCCUAUUUGUAUAAAGACUACUUCUUCCGUUAUACUCAGAUUUUUUCCCCCAGUUCAAUUAUUGCCUUGGGAUGGUUUUUCUUCCAUAUUUUGCCUUCUUCCACAGCAUUAUAUUGAAUCCUUUUUAUGUUCAUAGGAUUUUUUUUUCUGAAACCAAUGUUAGAACCACUAAUUGUGGUACUUCCCAGUACCUGAUGUGACUGAUGCGAGAUCAAAACUUGCCAAAGAGCUCCAGAAAUAAUGAAGUUACUUACAUGGAAAUCUUUGUUUAAAAUUGCAGAAAAUUUUCAUAUCUGAUUAGUUUGUAAGUUUUGCAGCCUAUUCACAUUUAAGGACUUUUAAUGUUCUGUAAAUCAGCUGUAAUCUUUUUCCAACUGCAGAUGAAACUGCAAGAACUGGCUGACCAUUUUCCCAAAGCCGUUUGUCUCUUUCCAUGUUCCACUAAUACCUGAGGAAAGAUACUAUCUGAGUAAUGCAGGAGAAUCCUGCACUUGUAACCAGACUGCCCAGCUGGAGGAAACAGCACUGGUCCUUACUUGGCUGCAGAGAAGUUAAUGCACAGAGAGAGUUCACUGAGCCAUAAAGGAUUUUUCCAUGUUAGUGGAUUUUUUAAAAUAUUGCCCCUUAGUUAAGCAAAUAAUUAUUUCACAUUUGAUAUAAUCACAGCAAAUAUAUUGUAUGGUUGAAAACUGGUGACCAACAUUUAAAGAGAUAAGACGGCUCUGUCUCCUCCAUCUCCUAACUUGUGCCUGAGCAGAGAUUAGCCUAAUUCAGCCCCUAAUCUCUCCCAAGAAAGCUGUGCCCAACAUAGUUUCAACGUAUCACACUGGUGUAAUCUGAUAAUUAUAGCUCUCCGCAAAGAUAGUUGCAUUCUAGUCAAACCAGAGGAAAGUUUUUAAAAAGUCAAGGAAGUAUUAAUCACUCCACCACCCCGCACAAUCAAAACCCCAGAAUCAGAUACCUCUUUUUCCUUCCAAUCAGUGCACAAUGCUGUUUUUUACUAAUUUUUAUAGCUGAAGAAAAACCUUGGAUCCAGGGUAUGUCCUCUGACACAGAUGCAUCUUUAACCAUGUUAAAUGCCUUCUGCUCUCUCCAGUGACCUCAAACUCUGUCCAGACAAGUGUUUGAGAGGCUUUUUUUUUUAAUGAUCUAAAGAAAAAAAAUAGUUGGACAAACUUGCAAAACAUGGGACUCAGUGGCUACUGUUGGUGAACCUUCCUACUUGUUCUUUGGAAUGGCAUUAAUAUAUAAACCUUCUGAAUUUAUCACAGCAACUUUGCACAAUGGUGAUUUCCUUUCCCAAGAGGAUUUAUCUUCCUUCUAAGCUUUGGUCUGCCUGUGAAACUGGAAGAGUAGAGGAGGGUUACCCUUCUCCAAAGGCAAGUCUUACACAAGAGAGGGAAUGGUGGGUUUAUUGGUAGUUUACUGGCUGGUUAUUGUCCCUUUUCAAAGCUACAACCCUUUAGCAAUGACCUGAGAGCUAGAAUUCAAGAGCAGCUACUUUUCCUAGCAUGGAGACAGCGUUAGAGAGAACUUCACUCUUGAAUUACAGUAACUGCUAGAGAACAGUAAUACGGUAACUACAGCUGCCUAGUAGUGUCCCCCACACACACCCGAGAGUUUAAUAGACACAAUAUGCUAAUCUUAACAUUUAUACAUGGAAGCAGUGAACGUUAUUCAGUGUAGAAAGGACAUGUGUUUGCCUGCACAAGCAGCAGCAGUUUUCAAAGUGAACAAUACAGUCUUAGUCACUGCUCUGUGGGUGGGAUGGAGAUGGCUAAAGUUGUGUUGCCUGCUCUGGGCUCCAUUUUAAACCUUUGAGCUGCUUAAAGAUACAGCAAAUUCCAAACAUUUAAGUGGUAGUGAAUAAAAAUUUGGUCCGGGGGAGGGCAGCAGUUGCUGCAUGAAAGUUGGGAAUAAUAUGGAGCAAUGUGAAUAAGGAUAAAAUAUUUUUAAAGGUCUUGGCUGCCCUAUGUAGACUUUGGGCUGCAAAAAAUUCAGACGGUCACUAGCUGGUAUCAGUGAGAUACAGAAAACUCUAAGUCUUUGCUAUCAUCUAGUGUUUGUCUGGAUUUGAGUAAUAUAGAACUGGUAGUCUAAUCAAAGUUCAGAUGAGAUGAGACAGCAAAGCUUGUCAUAACAAGACAUAUGUCUGUUCCAAUCCACAGAUUUAAUAGUGGCUGCUUUAAAAAGUUAGAAUGUGCAGUGUGUAUACAUUGUGGCUCUCACCGUUGGGGAAUAAAGCCACAGUGCCAUACAGAGCAACACUGACACAUAAGCCACCUAAUUGCAGAUUCAGAUUUUGAGUGCCAACAUUGUGUGAGCUGUCCAGAGGCUUUUGAUUGGCACGGAGUACAAAUUUUAGUAAACAGUACAGGAGCCAGAAUUAGGUUUACUGAGAAGUAGCAUGUGGAAAAACACUGAGGCUUAUAGAAGUAUUGUACGUAUUAUUUUUAACUAAAGAGGACACACACACACUCUUCCCCACCCCCACCCAGCAUGUGUGUAGGCAAAAGGAAAAUAUUUCCUCAAUGUGACUUCUGGUGAUUUUAAGGUAGCUGUUUAUACAGUUCUAAGAGCUAUAUGGGACAGAACAGAACACUAGAUAAGGAAUGGCAGGCUGGUCUGUGAGUAGAUAAGAUUAGAAUGUAUUUCAAGGUUCACUAUCUCUUCUACUAUCAGUUUAACAGAAACAAGAGCUAAUAGUUGCUGGUUACAGAGAAAAAAAAAUUAGCAUGGCAAUACAGAAAAUGAGCUCUUUAAAUAAAACUGGCCUAUAAAAAUUGCUUCAUACUAUUGGGCCAGCUCAUAACUGAGUUGUCUACUAUUCUUCCAACAUUCCAGACUCUUCCCUUUUGCAUUUGGAGAUGGUGGGGACCUAUGGGUGAUGGCUUCUAGGUUUACUGAACAUUAAAAGAAAUUGGGGGAAGAACAACAUGAAGUAAUGAGCAUUGCAUAAUGUUAAUGAUGCCCUGCACUGUGUGGAGAUAGUCUCUUUCAGUUCAAAUACUGUUCCCGGUGAUGCCAGGGGCUUUUGUUGCCAGCAAUACAGAUGUGGUUUCUUACUGCCUUCUUCUAAUUUUUAAAAAACAUUUUGUUGGUGUUAGCCUAUAGCCCUGAUACUCCCUAAAGAUCUGUGUUAUUAAAACUUACUUCUCACACACUGUAUGACCCUGGGAGGAGGAUGCUCCAGAAACAGCACAGCAGCACUGUUCCCAAGUUGGGAAUAGACUAUAAUAUUUUGAAGCUUGGAAAUAUUCCCCAGCCCUAUUGUGCUCUCAAUAAACAUAGGUAGGCAUUUUAA